GGAAAAACAAACAAACACAAAGUGGUGUUAGAGAAUACGCAGAUUUGAUUAAAAAAAUAAGUUUAUACAUUAAGUCAGGACAGAGACCAAGAAAAACCCAAAGAUAUCAGUGUUCUGAAUAAAAAGGCGUCAAUUUACUCGUGCGCACAUUCAAAAAUCAGGCAUGUGCAAGUUUGCCAUCACUGAGAGUUACUUUUUUUUUUUUUUUUAAACUGUUGUUAAUACAAUUAAGUUUACUGCAAUUCCGAAAACGACUUAAGUGUAAGCGAGGCAGUUGUCAGGUCAUCCGGCAGAAAGAAACCCGGGUUCCCCCGGAGGUUAAGGGCACGUGAGACAAAUCUUCUAAAUACUGUAGGCUGGUUUCUGCCUUGUCCCAAAGAGAGCAGCAGCAGCAGCAGCAGCUCUGUGUUUGUCUUUUGGUUGGUGACAGCACAGGAGCAUGUGGUCAUGCAGCGGCCAAUACCGAGCCCAGAGCAAGCAAUCAGCACUGUCAGACUAGCAGCAGCAGCAGCAGCAGCAGCAGCAGCAGCAGCUCUGGUACGGGAGAGGAACUCUGCCAUACCCCUGCAGAGAGAAACCCCUCUAAAAGAGACAGAGAAAGAAAAAAAAGAGAGAGAGAGAGAGAGAGAGAUUUAGUUACAGAGCGGAGGAUGAGGAUGCAGUGGGACAGGGAUGUUGCAGAGGAGUCUGCAAGGAGGCAAAAACAAACAGGACAGGCUGUGUGAUCCUGGUUUCAAGAUGUAGGAGCCGCAUCAGGAGAACAGCCCUCAGUCAAGAGUGUGUGUGAACGCACCAUAACAUCAGGGGACUUGUGUUUCAAGGAUAGUGAAGGUGGAGAGGCGCAACCCGAGAAGUCCCACUCCACCUCCACAAAGGAUGACAAAUUAGUCCUUAUUCAGCAAGGAGCAAAAGCAUCACACCGAGGAUCAGAUGUUGUCCACAGCUCAGCAGAUGCUGCAAGAUAGCCGCUCCAAGAUUGAGCUGAUCCGACUGCAGAUUAUCAAAGUCACCCAGGCUGGCAGCAGCGGUGGCGGUAUUGGCAGUGAUGGUGGCGGCAACCAUGACAGCAACACACAUGGAGGCAUCUCUCCGCCCGCUGUCAGUCCUGUGGAUGCUCGUUUGGCAGAGCUGCAGCACUACAUGCAGAGAGAGACAGAUGUGCUGGUGCUGGCCAAAGAUGUGGUGAAGCAGCUGGAGGGAAUUUCAGCGCUGGACCAAAAGGCACUGGCUGAGGCUCAGUCCCGGGUACAGGAGUCCUCCCAGAAGCUGGAUCUUCUGCGGCUGUCUCUGGAGAAAUGCCUGAAGGAAAACAACCAGGAGCUUAUACAGCAGCCUGUAGGGGAGGUCGACCCUUCAGAGGGACCGAAGUCUCUCCAUAGCUCCAGACCUGGAUGCCCCCUGUCCACCUCUCCAUCCAUAUUCUCAAUCAGACCUGCCUCCUUGACUGGCAAACUUGAAGUCAGGCUUCUUGGAUGUGAGGAUUUACUAAAACCUCUGACAAACACAGAGCAGGAAAACCAUCUGAGUCACACAGAAAACAGUUCACCCGCUGCUCACCAGAUGGACGGACCCUCUGUGGAGAUCAGCGCGGUGCUCAGGCUGGACACCAGAGUGGUCGGUCGGACACGCUGGGCGGCCGUCAGCAGCCUGUGCUGGGAUCAGACGUUCUGCAUCCAACUGGAGCGGUCUCGAGAGCUGGAGGUUGGAGUCUUCUGGCGGGACCAGAGGGCGAUCUGUGCAGUCAAGUUCCUGCGACUAGAGGAAAUGAUGGACAAUCCAAACCACAACCAGGAGUUCAGUCUGGAGCCACAGGGCCUCCUCCAUGCCAAGCUUCAAUUCAUCGACACUGUUAUUGAGCGGCAGCCAAAACUGAGACGUCAGCGAUGUAUCUUCACAAAAGAGAGAGGGAAGAACUUUCUCAGAGCGGCACAGAUGAACAUGAAUUUUUCCACAUGGGGUCAUCUGAUGAUGAGCAUCCUGCCUCGCUACAGCUCCUUCAGCACGUUCAGCUCAUCCCUCUCUACGAGCCCCGACCUCGUGGCCAACAACACCCCACGUCCAACUGAGAAGGAGCCUCAAACCACCACUCCACUGCCAAACGAAGCUCCAGUAAUCAGACUCAGCAUCACUGAGGAUCAGCCCUCUCCCACAAGCCUCAACCAGGGAGACAACAGCUCCACCAUCAUCACUACAGCACACAGAACCUCAUCUGUGCCUGCGCUGCAAGAAAACGUGUCAUCCAUAAACAACACAGAAGGAAGUGAAGAUCAGCCUGUAUCUGCUCUUAAGAUGCAGAUGGAAGAUUACAAAUGUAUAUCAGUUCUGGGCAGAGGACACUUCGGGAAGGUCCUGCUGGCAGAGUUUAAGGAGACAGGGAAUUUGUACGCCAUCAAAGCCUUGAAGAAAAAAGACAUUGUGACUCGUGAUGAAGUGGACAGCCUUAUGAGUGAGAAGAGGAUCUUUGAGAUGAUCAACGCAUCUAGACAUCCAUUCCUGGUAAACCUCCACGGUUGCUUCCAGACCAACGACCAUGUCUGCUUUGUCAUGGAGUAUUUACCAGGCGGCGACCUCAUGAUCCACAUCCACAACAACGUCUUCACCGAGGCCCAGACCAGGUUUUAUUCAGCGUGUGUCGUGCUGGGUUUAGAGUUCCUGCAUCUGAAUAAAAUCAUCUAUCGAGAUCUGAAGCUGGACAACCUGUUAAUGGAUGCAGAUGGAUUUGUGAAAAUCACAGACUUUGGACUUUGUAAAGAAGGGAUGGGUCAUGGAGAUCGGACCUCGACGUUCUGUGGGACUCCUGAGUUUCUGGCUCCUGAGGUCCUGACAGAUGACAACUACACCAGAGCAGUGGAUUGGUGGGGGAUGGGUGUCCUCAUCUUCGAGAUGCUUGUGGGAGAGUCUCCGUUCCCUGGUGAGGAUGAGGAGGAAGUGUUUGACAGCAUUGUCAACGAUGAUGUGCAGUAUCCAGGGUCUCUUCCUCCUGGUGCUGUCUCCAUCAUCCAGAAGCUGUUGAAGAAGAACCCACUGAAAAGGCUUGGAGCUGGAGAGAGAGACGCAAACGAGGUCAAAGGAGAGAAAUUCUUUGAGACUAUUGACUGGGAAGCCCUGCUGGCCAAGAAAGUAAAGCCGCCGUUCCUGCCGUCAAUCAAAGAGUCCAUGGAUGUCAGCAACUUUGACAGCGAGUUCACUCGACUCCAGCCAAUCCUGUCGCCUCCCUCCAAGCCCUUCAGCCUCUCUGCUGAGCAGCAGGAAGCCUUCGCAGACUUCGACUUCUGCGCCUUGCAUGGAUGAAAGACGAGCUGAAAAGACCAGGGUGGUAAAGUACCACAAGAUAAAUACAUUUGCUUUGUUACUGGGAAGUUUGUUCACUAACUUCUGCUACUGUUCACUAACAGGUAAUCAACCAUCAUCGUUUACCUGCAAUAAAGCCCCCAACUGGCAAGUAAAAUAAUUCAAGUGAUGAGCUACUUUAUUCAUAAUCUAAUGAGUCCUGGUUAGCUGUGAGUGAACAGUAGGACUAGCAAGAACACUGACAGGCCUUUUUAAAAUAAAAAACUUUAGUCUUUAGUCUAGUGCUGUAUUAGUUGAUUAAUUAAUCAGUCAAUAGGCAUAAAAUGAAUCAGUGAUGAUUUUCAGACAUCUUUAUUAGGCAGGAAGUACAGAUGUGAGAAUUCGCUUCCUUUUACAUUUUUACAGCUGUUGGUCAGACACUUUUCUACAACCUCACUUUGGAAAUUUAUGAUGGCCAUUGGUCGUCAUCACUGCUGAUGAAAAACUGAAUGGACAGAUGUCUUAUUUUUAAAGUUCGAUGAAACGGUUGAUUACCAGAACUGUACGGAAGACUUAAGCUUAGCUUAGCUUAGUUUAGCUUCUUAUAACACAAAGACUGGAAAGAGGGGCAAAAGGUAAUAAAGUGUACCAAAACAUUUAGCCACACUAGCUGUUUCCCCUUGUUUCCAGUCUUUGGGCUAAGCUAAGCUAAUCAAUUGCUGAGGGUAGCUUUAAAUUUUCAACUGCUGGCAGUAACUUCAUAUUUACUGUACAGACAAGAAUUCAGGUGUAUUUCACAAAUGUCAUUAAUUACCUAAAUGUUAGUUUGUUCGAAAAACAGAUUACAGGCUAAGUGAGUUUUGAAAGCAAGAAAUCUAAUCUGACCUCCUGGUCCAAUAAUCAUUUAGCUACUUGUAUUAAUCAGCAGCCCUUCAAGUCCCCAUGUGGUCAUGUCUUUCUCUCCACAUUAAAAAUCUUAGAGAAAGUUUCCCACCCUGGUCUUGAUGGUACACCUUCAAUAUGUUCUGCAGCUCAGUCAAUAGGCACUACAUACGAUCCCAUGGCUGAUUUUGCUGACUGUUCUCGCCAUCAUCCAAUCGACAGCCAAAUCCAUCAAAUAAGCAGACAGCAUCUUUUUUUUCUUCUUUAUAACAGAGCAAAGAAAGCGAUUGUAGCCCUUUAUAUCCUCUGUGGAAAGUCAAGCUUUGUUCUGACUCUUACCUGCAGUAAUACAACUCUACCCUCACCUGCUCCUGCUAUUAGAGUUUAUUUAUGAGAUUUGGGAUGGACAAAAAGAUACAUAUACAACAUAUUUGAGAGAGGAUGCUUGAAGAGUUUAUUAUUAUCACCUCAUUCUUCCACAUCUUUAAUCCUACUUAAAGUUUAAUUUCCAUACUCCAAUAUAUUCUGUUUUGCACCGGUCAAAUGAAGGGGAUUUACAAAAUCUUAAACUACAGUUACCACACAGUACAUUUAAGAAAGCCCAGAUAAUGUUUGAUUUGAUUUGAGGUUGAAGUUAAUUAAGAAAAAUCCUGCCUUUCAGUCAGUAUUGGUGAGCCCUUACAUGUAACCACUGUUCAUUGCCAAUCCAUGUUUCUCCUUCUUUCCUCUUGUGGGAUUACAUAACUGAUACACCACAGUUAAGCCUCAUGUUGCCACGAAAAUGUCUCUAAAAGUUAACACAUAAAGCUGACCCUGUUUGUUAAGCAAUGUUGACUGUCUCAGUCGCUGGUGCAUCAGUCACAAACAGCACAUGAUUAUGUCAUGUGAUGAGAGGAAAUGUUUAAAAAAUAAAUCAUGACGACAUAAUAUAACAGGAAAACUACACAAGGCACAAAGAGGAACAUAGAACUGCCACAGGAAACAGCGCUGACUGAAAGACACGCGAUGGAAACUUUUCUUAAUGACACAAGAAAAAGGUAUAUCCCAAAACCUCUGACGGUCUCAACAAAAACCAAAUAAUUAUUUACAUUAUUAUUACAGUAGUAUCUUGACCAGAUCUGCAUUUACUGUCUUGAACUCUAAUAGAGCUGAGCAGAUAUCAAUAUCAGUAUCUGCACAUACGUCGGUCAUCAAGUAAAAUGUGUUGUUGUACCGAUCAUGGUCACAAUUUCUUAAACAACAAAUUAAUUAGAGGUUAAAAACUACAGUUUUUACAAUUUCAGCUUAGUUAACAGCUACUAGUUUCAUGCUAAUCAAGUUUAUUAUUCCAAAAAUGACAAAUGUAGCUGUAGCUCAAGAUCGGUUUGCUCAUUUAGCAUUAGCUAUGUAUAAACAGUGGCAUGACUGGUCAUAAACAGCACACAAAUUAACUAUAAAUUGACUGAAUUCUGUUUAAAUUAUUGCCUUUUUAAUACAUUUUUGACAUUUCUUCCAAAUUGAUGAGGUGCCAUUAAUAACCAGUCAUAGCCUCUUCAAGCAUCCUGUGUGUUGGAGACAGAUUCAGCUUGCUUUGUGGCCUUUGCUUAUUAUAUUUAUUUAAACAUUUAUCCCUCAGAGGUACAGUAUUUGCUGCCGUUUCUAUGCAUCACUGUGACAGGCUUUGCCCACUGCCUUGACCAAACAAACAAAACAAGCUAACCCAAUUUCUGGUGACGAGCCUUUUUUUUAAAAGAUGUUAAAUCCAACAUGGAAAUGUUUCAUGUAUUUGUCAAGUCAUUCCUUUGUAGCAAAGAUGUGCGCAUCCACAUAUCAGUCUCCUCCUGACCAGCUGUUUUCUGUUAACAAAGGUAGAAGUGCAUGGCACUGUGGUGAACUUGUGCACUAGAAAUCCUGUAAUUGCUAGCGGUACUAAAAAAAAAAAAUAAAAAAAAAGCCA